GUACUGUUGCACGUGCGCUGCGCGGGCGCGGAGGUAGCGGCGGCACGCGCGGGAGAGAGCCGGGGGAUAGAAGAGGGACAGGAGGGUGAAUAUCGACAGAGAUGUCGGUUGUCAGCCGGCUGGGACGGCCGCUCCGCCAGGAUCGUCUGACGCUGCUACUGCUACUCACCUGCCUCGCACUGAUGACUAAGGUGUACGUCAUGCUCUACGACACACCUGAGGACACUCCUCCGACACCCCGCUCCUCCGCUGAACUCCUGGACAAUCCUCAGGAGUCCUCCCUUCCUCUCUCCUCCGCGAGUCACCGCUCGCGCCGAGAGGCCUCCGAUCCCGAGAGCGGGACCCGCACGGUGUACGUCAUCACGGCCACCUACCCGCGACCGGAACAGGAGGCCGAUCUGGUGAGGCUGUCACAGACUCUGAUGCACGCUGCGCCGUUCCUCUUCUGGGUGGUGGUGGAGGACGCGCCGCAGAGGACCCCGGCGCUGGCAGAGCUGCUGGAACGGUCAGGACUGCGGUAUGUGCAUCUAAUAGCCGAGGUGCCGGAAUUGGCCCUUCCCCGGCCCCGGUUCUGGGGCCGCGUACCCCGCGGAGUGGCCAGUCGAAACACCGGCCUCUCCUGGGUGAGAAGUCACGCCACGGCAGGUGUGGUGUACUUUGCUGAUGACGACAACAGCUACGACAUCAGAAUAUUCACGGAGAUCCAGAAGACGCGCGGAGUGUCCGUGUUCCCGGUCGGCCUGGUGACGGAGCUCGGGGUCAGUUCACCAGUGGUGAUUGGAGGUCAGGUCACCGACUUCUACGACGGCUGGCACGGGGGCAGGAGGUUCCCUAUAGACAUGGCCGGGUUUGCCGUCAGUGUGACGCUACUGAAACAGCGGCCAAACGCUGCCAUGCCGUACAGAGCUGGGUACGAGGAGGAUGGCUUUCUGAAGGAGCUGGGGGUGACCAGGGAGGAUCUGCAGCCUCUGGCGGACGAGUGCUCUCAGAUACUGGUGUGGCAUACUAGAACUGAAAAGGUGGCUCCAAUUCGGCCAGCUGACCUGAACAAGUUCCAGGGCAGCAACAUAGUAGCUCUGAUGGAUCAUCUCCUCCCUAUGAAGGCCUGAGGGUCAAGGUUGAUAGUAAAUUGCGCGGCUAGAAAAAUGAGUUAUUAUAGUUAAAUUCGGUGCGUAUUUUCUCGCCUUCUUCUAAGGCACAUGCUGUUAUGUUUGUUUGUAUGCUGUUCCCAAGCUUGUAUAAUUUUUCAUCUUGAGAAAUGCAAUGGAACAGCCGUGCAGAAGUGCCUCUUGCUGCCCAUAUGUACCGGCCACACUAUAUAACAUAGAACUUCGGAUAAAUAUAGGACUCAGUGGUUGAAACACGUUGGAACACCUGUGUUGCUGCUGGCUGUGCGUUUGUUAUUUCGGUAUAUAGUUGGUAUCUUAUUUAUCUAGUUAUAAUAUAGACUUAAACAUUUC